AUGACGGCAAUGAAGAUAGCUACAAGGCUAUCUCCUUUUCAGUUAGUCUAUGGAAAAGCAUGUCAUCUACUAGUGGAGAUGGAACAUCGAGCUUUGUGGGCUUUGAAGUUCUUAAAUUUUGAUCCAUUUGACACUCAUGAUAGGAGAAAAAGGCAAAUUCUUGAGCUUGAAGAGAUGCGGUUGCAUGCUUAUGAUUCCUCUAGGAAUUACAAAGAAAAUGUAAAAUUUUAUCAUGACAGGAAGCUGUCUAAGUGGUCUGGUCCAUUUACAGUUAAGAAUGUUCAUCCACAUGGAGCAAUUGAGUUGACAAAUUCGUCUGCUGAACAUCCACAAAGAAGUUGGGUGGUAAAUAGGCAACGUCUCAAGCAUUAUUUGGGUGGUGAGGAUGAAUGCCUUUCUACAAUCAUGGAGUUGGUUGAUCUUUGA